AUGCAUAUAUUUUCCUAUUAUAAUUUAAAAAGAAAAAUGUUGUCACCAGAAGGAAAAGAUUACAAAAUAUUUGUAUUGUGUUUUUGUGUUUCUGUUUGUAGUAAUUUUAUGGAAGGAUAUUCUAAUUCAUAUCCAAAUACUGCAAUUAUAACUUUUAAAAAUUAUAUUAACAAUUCAUAUAUUGAUAGAGAUAAUCCUGAUGGUCUAUCAGAAAUUGCUUAUUCAUGGAUAUGGAGUUCUAUUUUGAAUGUAUGGUUUAUUGGAUAUCUUAUUGGAACAUUAAUAACUCCAUAUUUUACAGAUAAUUAUGGAAGAAGAACAACACUUAUGUAUGCAAAUUUUGCAUCAUUUAUUGGUACAAUUAUAUCAACAGGUGCAGUAUCAUUACCUUAUCCAGAAUUACUAUUUCUUGCUCGUUUAAUUGCUUCAAUCUCUAGUGGGACAUCUUUUGGAGCAUUAAUUUUAUGGAUUCAAGAAUCAACACCAACACAUAUGAGAGGAAUUACAAGUUUUUUAAGUGAAACAUCAUUUAUUUUUAUGACUGUUAUUGGAAUGGGUUUUGGAUUAGAUAAUAUUUUUGGUAAUAAUUUAAUACUUCUUAUUGGUAUUGGAGCUAUACCAGCAUUUAUUGGAUUUCUUUUAAUGAUACCACUAGAAGAAACACCAAAAUAUGUACUUAUUAAUCAAAAAAAUAAUAAAAAAUUUCAUAAAAGUUUGAAUUUUUAUUUUGGUGAAAAUUAUGAUCAUACAGAGAUUAUGGAUUCAAUUAUGAAAGAGUCAGAUGAAAUUGAAACUAAAAAAGUUUUUCCAUUAAUAAAAGAAGUUUUUAAAACUCCAAAUCUUUUAAAAGCAUACAUUAUUGGAAUACUAGCACUUCAAAUUAUUGUUGGAAUUUGGCCAAUUAUAUAUUUAUCAACAGAUUUUCUUUCAGUACAUUUUGAUAAUUUAACAGCUCAGUAUUAUUCUUUUGGAUUAACUUUAGCAUGUUUUUUCGCAAAUUUACCUGGAUUAUUAAUUAUAGAUCGUUAUGGAAGACGUCCCUUAUUUUUAAUUACAGCUAUUAUAAAUAUAAUAAGUUUAAUUUUUUAUAUUAUCUCAGAUAGAUUAUCUCUUAAUGGUUAUUCGUAUAUGAAAUACGGAUGUGUAGGAUCAUUAUUUACAUUUGGUAUAAGUUAUGGAAUUGCUUUAGGACCUAUUGCAUAUUUUAUAACAAGUGAAAUGGUACCUCAAAGAUCAAGAGCAGUUGUUCAGUCAAUGGUAUUUUCAACAAAUACAAUAUUAAAUUGUAUCUUUAGUGAGAUAACAUACCCUUUAUAUAAAUUAAUAGAAGUCUACUGUUUUAUUCCCUUGUUUAUUAUUCCAUCAAUAUUUGCUGCCAUCUAUUUGUCAAAAAAUUUACCUGAAACACGGGGUAAAGAAAUAUAUCAAAUUGUCAAUGAAAUGACAAAGAAUAGUCAAUCAUAUGGUUCAACUAACAACAUUAGUAUUACAUCUGAAAAUUCUAUUAAAUUAAGCAAAAAAGAUUAUGAUUGUACAACAUUUUCUUAA